AUGGCGGUGGGCCACCGACUGGAUCAUCUGGUCAGACCUGGAGAGGUCUGGUUGAAACUUCAGUGCAGGAGAAAAAGCAGCAAUUUUGCAGAUUUAUCCUACCUGAGAGAUACCUGCCUCCUCAGGAAGUGGGUCAUGAGUUUUGCCGGCCAUCAGCCAAUGGAAUAUGAAACAUGUCCGAGGUGCGAGGACGGCUGGGAGCCACAUGGAGGAAAGUGCUACUUCUUCUCCUGGGUUAUUUUAACCUGGGAUCAGAGUAGAACACAAUGCAAAUCAAUGAGUGGAGACCUGGUUGUGAUAAACAACAGAGAGGAGCAGAGAUUCCUGCAGUCUAGAGUGAGUGAAAACAUGGACAAAGCUGAGGACAUGUUCUGGAUCGGACUGACAGACACAAAGAACGAGGGUGAAUGGCUUUGGGUGGACAACACACAACUGAAUCCAAGAUUGAGGUUUUGGGGUGGCGGCCAGCCAGACAACUGGACAGGGGAGAAUCCUGAUGGAGAGGACUGUGUGAGGAUGGGGGAGAAAAAAGGAGACAAGGACCUGGUGUCCUGGUUCGAUAAAUCCUGCGAAUCGCCUCAAAAAAGUAUUUGUGAGAAACCAGAAAAAGCAUGAGCCUGAAAUCCAGUUGGAUCAGAUUGAGCUUGAGUCCUCAGCCACUUUCACUAACUGAG